AUGAACCGCCCACAUACCUUCACCAUUAUCACUCCUCCACAUUCCUCUGCUCGCUCAUCUGAACAUUCACCGCAACAUCCACCGCGCAGGAUGACAGAGCUCGUGUGGACAAUCCCAGAGCGACGAAAUCGUCACGGACGUCUCACCACCCUUCCGUACGACAUCUACAAUUUGAUCCUGGACGAAUUCCGAUACCAGCCGGAGCAGAUAUCACUCAAGGAGUAUAAGUCUACGUUGGCAACCUGGGCGCUCGUAUGCCGCCUCUUUCACCAUCUGGUAGUGCCGAAGCUAUUCAAGACGUUCGUCUCCUGGAGAAAUUGGAGAAGUGGGGAAACGCCUCAGCUUGAUAGGUGGGUCGUGGAGAUGAACCGCGGCGACGCCAUGGCGCGUGCUCUAGCACCUCACGUCAAGCACCUCACAUUUGAGCCCUGCCAAGAAGUGAACGCGCCACUAGAGCCCCGGUUAGCCCACGCAGACUUGUCAUCGUGGACAACGGCACUCCGAUUCUUCACCAAUGUCGUGAGUAUCAGACUUUCGUCCGAUACAAUCGGGGACCGCUUCUUCACUGCCGUGGCCACUCUGCCCAAACUACAGGUACUCCACAUGAGAAACUGCAAUUUUCGGGCACCGCAAAACUCCUUUAUUCUUCCUUUGGAUAAACUCCCAGCCUUGAAAGUCCUUGAGGUCUCGGGAGUGGGAAAUGCCUUUUGGCGAUAUAUCCCCGCGAUUGUUUCACUGGCGGCCACACGCUCGCUGCGGUCGCUGAUAACGACAGAGUGGGAGAUCGCUAGGAACUUUUUCACGCUGGACAUGGACAUUCCGCUGGAGAUGCUCCAAGUGCCCCUCCAUCCCCAUGGCAUUGACGCUCUCUCGACAUUCCUUGAUCGCACGCCGUCGAUCACCGACCUUGAGCUUAUUGACUACACCUUGAAAGGAGAUCGCCACGCCGCAAUCAAAGACCUCCGUCAACUCGGUAACUUGAGAGUAAAACAAUCAUCCUUGCCGAGAUUGGAAAAACUAAAGUGCCUGACACACCUGCUACCGGCCUUGUGGCAAUCCAGACCAAUAUCGAGCCUGACUGUCGUGGGGGGACGAGGUCUAAAGAAAAUCAUCUGUGGACAGCAAAUUCCCUAUCCCCUUGAAGGCAACUUCUCCGGGAAUUCCGCCUUGCGUUAUCUGGUUCUUUCUGCGAAGCUAUACGCUGCUUAUCCCCUGGCAGAGUUAAAGCUGGAGAAAUUGUCGCUGUAUCUCUCCGGGUCUGCUACUCUGGGAGAUCCAAGGUUCAUGGAAGGCAUGUUCAGUUUGCGGAAGCAAAAGACAACAGUGCGCAAGUUGCAACUCUACUUCCAGCGUGGGCGGCUGUCAUCACAGUGGGCUUUGGAUCUGCAGCUACAACACAGCAGUAUCCUCUUAUAUCUGGAGAAGGUGUUCCCGACCGCUACGUGCAUCUCUAUGAUUGAAUCGCUCCAUUGGCACCGCAGCGAGGGCAGAGAUGAAUGGAACCCCAUUAUACCGGAACGCCAAUCUUUCAGGACAGUACUGAGAGACAUCGUGGGCCUGCGAAAAUACUACUCUGACAGACGUUGUUCAGUGACGGAUUUUCAUGGAGUACUCACCAGAACAUUCAAGGAUGAUCCAACAGUGGCUGCAGUGUUGCAGCGGCAGCUCAGAGAAUAUAUGCCUCGACCCUUAUCGCCCAUUGUUUACGGUCCAUGCACGGAAUCGGAGGCGGACACAGAACUGGCGGCGUCGGACUCGGACUAA